CAUUGAGCUAUAACCACUUCAACCAAGAAACCUUCUCUAAUCAGUUUCAGUCCUCGCGUCCUUCGAUUGUUACAUGAUGGCGGAGACCAAGGCGGUGGCGUCUGCGGCGGCUCCGGCGGAGGAGGGGAGGAGCAAGACGGUGGUGCUGGUCGCCGUGGACGACAGCGACCACAGCUACCGCGCGCUCGAGUGGGCCGUGCGCCACGUGGCGGCGACGGCCGGCGUGCCCGGCGCCCGGGCGGUGGAGCUCGUCGUCGUCCACGCCAAGCCGUCCCCUUCCCCCGUGGUCACCAUGGGCGGCCCCGGCGUGUCCGGCGACGUGGUGAGGUUAGUGGAGGCGGACCUGCGCAAGAAGGCCGACGGCGUCGUGGACAGGGCGCGCCGCCUCUGCGUCGCCAACUCGGUGCAGGGCGUGGUGGAGGUGGUCGACGGGGAGCCGCGGCACGUCCUGUGCAACGCCGUCGAGAAGCACCACGCCGAUCUGCUCGUCGUCGGCAGUCACGGCUACGGCGCCAUCAAGAGGGCAUUGCUCGGGAGCGUGAGCGACUACUGCGCCCACCAUGCGCACUGCUCUGUGAUGAUAGUGAAGCAGCCCAAGCCCAAGAACUGAUUGCCAUUCCCGGUGUUCGAUCGAUGGUGCCCAGUUCCAGUGUUGGGAUUGGGCCAUUUUCGUGCCUACAAAUGUAUCCCAACUUUUUUGUUUGUUUGUUUUGCGGUUGAAUGUAUCCCUACUUAAUUAUUACUCCAACGUUUGUACUUUGUAGUACUCCCUUUCUUAUUUUCUCUGCAUAUUACCAGUCAAGCUGUGUAAACUUUUGAUCAAAUUGAUAGAAAAAAGUUAUUAACAUCU